AUGGAUCGGUCCAAUGCCAUAGAGCACUUGCUAUUAUCAAGAUGUGCGAAAUUUAAUGGAAGUGGUGAUGUGUUGCAGUACUUAGAGCAAAGAUAUUCGGCAGAUGCUUCACAGAAAAAUUAUUUAGUCCUGGAAUCCACUGAUGGGGGAGAAUAUAAACUGGAGAAUGUGAAGGAACAGCAAAAGGACUCACAGGAUAUAAACCAGUUUUUAUUUUCCAAGGGGAAGGCUCUUUCAAAAGAUAACAAAUUCAAUCAUCUUAAGACAAAAAAUGAGUUCAAAAAGUUCAUUCAAGAGUCUCUUAAAUUACAGGAAGGAAUCGCCAAAAAGUUACACAAAAUGGCCAGGAAGAAUCCCAAAAUAUUACAAGUGGAUGUUGCCAGUCUACCAAUGUGCAAAAAGGUUCUCAGAUUUGAAGAUUUCAUUGAGAUGAACAACUUAUGGAAGGACUACAUGAGAGAGUUACUCGAGGGGUCAAGAACUAUUGAAGUAGCAACUGCCAAAUUGGCAAGCGCCGAAUAUGUUGGAGCUUUUUUCAAAGUAACACAUUCCUCGUGUCCUACCAAUAUAGGCCUAGAAGGUAUAGUUUUAUGGGAGUCUCAAUCUUAUUUUUUAAUGAUUGUUCCUCGUAAGAAUAACUGGAAAGAUGAUAUCUCCUUCGAAGUUAAAAUUCCAUAUUCUGCAAAUGAGUGUCUUGGUGGAUUGAAAAUGAUUCCAAAGAAAAACACGAGAUUUACAUUUAGCAUUGAAUGGGGGUGUGCUGACGAGGUGAUCGACUUUGAGUUAGUUGGCGAUCGUCUAUCUAUUAGAAGUUUAGAUAGAGCAAAUAAAAAAUUUAAGAGCCACAACGUCAAGGACAUUGAAUUAUAA